AUGAGCGGGAACGAGUUCCGGUUCUUCUUGUCCUGCGACAUCAAUCUUCCACUGACCUUUCGGAUCGAGCGGCUCGAAGGAACUCUGACCCGGCCCAAAUCCGCAACCGCCGAUGUUGAUCCGACUCCGGCGACGGAGGAGAAAAGAUCGGAGCUCUAUGUGGAGUGCGCACUGUACAUUGAUGGUGCUCCGUUUGGCUUGCCCACUCGGACCAGGCUGGAAUCUUCUGGACCUUCUUAUUGUUGGAACGAGCUCAUUACUCUGAGUACUAAGUAUAGGGACUUGACUGGUCACUCACAGCUUGCUUUAACUGUUUGGGAUGUUUCGUGUGGGAAAGAUGAAGGGUUGAUUGGUGGCGCUACGAUUCUUCUGUUUAAUAACAAAAAGCAACUCAAAACAGGGAAGCAGAAGCUGAGGCUUUGGCAAGGAAAAUUAGCUGAUGGAUCAUUUCCUACUUCGACUCCUGGGAAGGUCCCAAGGAAUGAACGUGGGGAGUUGGAACGAUUGGAGAAGCUAAUGAAUAAGUAUGAGAGGGGACAGAUCCAAUGUGUUGAUUGGCUGGACCGCCUUGCCUUUAAAGCUAUGGAGAGAAUAAAGGAACGUGAAAGCUCUAAAAAUGGAAGUUUGCAUUUGUACCUGGUUGUCGAUUUCUGUAGUUUUGAGCAUCGUGUUGUUUUCCAGGAAUCAGGAGCAAAUUUCUUACUACCAUCCCCUAUAGCUUCCACAAAUGAAAUUGUCACUGUAUGGGACCCGGAGCUGGGAAGAAUAAACCCAUCAGAGCACAAGCAACUAAAACUUGCAAGGAGCUUAACCCGUGGUAUCAUUGAUAGGGAUUUGAAGCCUAGCUCCAAUGAGAGAAAGUCGAUACAGAGGAUUCUAAAGUACCCUCCAACAAGGACACUGAGUGGUGACGAAAGACAGCUGCUGUGGAAAUUUCGUUUCUCCUUGAUGUCUGAGAAGAGGGCCCUCACAAAGUUCCUCAAAUGUGUUGAAUGGAGCGAUGUUCAGGAAGCAAAGCAAGCAUUAGAAUUGAUGGGCAGAUGGGAAAUGAUUGAUGUUUGCGAUGCGUUGGAGCUCUUAUCUCCUGUUUUCGAAAGUGAAGAGGUUCGUGCUUAUGCUGUCAGUGUGCUUGAAAGAGCUGAUGACGAAGAACUCCAGUGCUACUUACUUCAACUGGUUCAAGCACUUCGAUUUGAGCGCUCUGAUAAAUCCUGCCUGUCUCAUUUCCUUGUUCAGCGUGCAUUACGAAACAUUGAGUUGGCUAGCUUUCUUCGCUGGUAUGUUGCAGUUGAACUUCAUGAUCCAGCAUAUGCGAAGCGUUUUUACUGUACCUAUGAAAUUCUGGAAGAGAAUAUGAUGAAGUUGUCAGCUGGUAUGCAUGGAGAUGAGGAUGGUUUUAAAUUGUGGCAAAGUUUGGUGCGUCAGACUGAAUUGACUGCACAACUGUGUUCAAUUACGAGAGAUGUAAGAAACGUACGUGGCAAUACUCAGAAGAAAAUUGAAAAGCUUAGACAGCUGCUUUCUGGUCUUCUUAGUGAACUCACAUAUUUUGAAGAGCCGAUUAGGUCACCACUGGCCCCAGGAGUCCUCAUCACUGGAAUCAUACCAUCCGAGUCAUCAAUAUUCAAAAGUGCACUGCAUCCUCUUCGCUUGACUUUCCGAGCAGCCAAUGGGGGCAGUUGCAAAGUUAUCUUCAAGAAGGGGGAUGACAUGCGCCAGGACCAAUUGGUUGUUCAAAUGGUAUCUCUCAUGGAUCGAUUGCUCAAGAAUGAAAAUCUGGAUCUUCACUUAACUCCUUAUAAGGUUCUUGCAACUGGGCAAGACGAAGGAAUGAUGGAGUUCAUUCCAUCCCGCACGCUAGCGCUGAUUCUCUCAGAGCAUAGAAGUAUUACGAGCUACCUGCAGAAGUUUCAUCCAGAUGAGCAUGGACCAUUUGGUAUUACUGCCACCUGUCUGGAAACAUUCAUAAAAAGCUGUGCUGGCUACUCUGUUAUCACAUAUGUAUUGGGCAUUGGAGACAGGCAUCUUGACAACCUUCUCCUUAGGGAUGAUGGAAGCCUUUUCCAUGUUGAUUUUGGCUUCAUUCUUGGUCGUGAUCCAAAGCCAUUUCCACCACCAAUGAAGCUUUGCAAAGAAAUGGUUGAAGCUAUGGGUGGAGCUGAAAGCCAGUACUAUACUAGGUUCAAGUCCUAUUGUUGUGAAGCAUACAACAUAAUUCGGAAAUCUAGUAACCUGAUCUUGAAUCUUUUUCAUCUAAUGGCGGGUUCCAACAUUCCUGACAUAGCUUCUGAUCCUGAAAAAGGCAUCCUCAAGCUCCAGGAGAAAUUCCGGUUGGACUUGGAUGAUGAAGCCUGCAUACAUUUUUUCCAAGACUUGAUCAAUGAGAGUGUUAGUGCACUGUUUCCUCAAAUGGUUGAGACCAUUCAUCGGUGGGCUCAAUAUUGGCGCUGAUCCCUGUAUAAGGUGACAUUAGAAUUUCUUUAGUUACAGGUUCAGAUCUGUAGCAUGUUUAAGAUGGUAGUUUGGUCCAGAUUGCAGAAGACAAAGAAGAAGCAUGUUGUGCAUAGCUGUAUAUAAAUUAUUAUCUCCUUCACCUUCUAAUGUAGGUUUGGUCAAUGACUGAAGAUGCAUGUUGUAACUUAAUGAACAACUGUAUAUAAGUUCCUAUCAUUGUGUCGGUUCAAAUUCCCCAUUGUGGAACUAUUUUUUAAUUAUUAGAUGUAGAUCUCACAAAAUAUAUGAACAGCCAAUACAAAUCUUGAAUGUGUUUCAAAUCUAAGCUAUAGUUUUAGAAUGCUC